AGGAGAAGAUCUCGUCGGAAAAGGUUUUUUUUUUUCCCCUCCUUUUUUUUCUUCUUCCACUCCCCACCCAUCUCCGCCUGGUCGCCCGGGGGGGGGGCCCUGUGUUCAUUUCCUCGCCAGCAAAAAAACAAAAACAAAAAACCCCUGCUCCCCCCUCCGUCCUCCCCAGUCCACCAUGAAAGCGAUCAGCCCGGUGCGGUCCGUCAGGAGCUGCUACGAAGCCGUGUGUUGCGUGUCGGAUCAGAGCCUGGCCAUCGCCCGGGGCAGCAACAACAAGAGCCCGGCUCUGGAGGAACCCAUGAGCAUCCUCUACGACAUGAACGACUGCUACUCCAAGCUGCGGGAGUUGGUGCCGGGCAUCCCGCAAGGCAGCAAAGUCAGCCAGGUGGAAAUCUUGCAACACGUCAUCGAUUACAUCUUCGAUCUCCAGAUCGUGCUGGAGGAGCAGGCGAAGAAGGGGCAGGAGCCCUCGACCGAGGCUUCGCUGCUCUCUUUAAAAGCAGCUGAACUUGCAUCGGAAUUGUGCUCAAAGGAAGACCGAACUCUUUGCCACCACUAAGGCUUUUAACCGGCUGCAGGUGUGGGAUCCUGACACUGGGUUCUCUCCAGCGAAAGAAAGAAGGGGGAGGAAGAAAAGAAAGAAGGAAAAAAAAUAAAAAUAAAAGACCUUGACUGGAGAAAGAAUCAGCUGUCCGAAACUGGGCACCCCCUCAUGGACGGACCUCCCGCCCGCCCGCUGCUUUUAUCUUGCAGAUAAACUGUGGAACGAGAUCACCCAAGGCAGAUUUCUUGACUGGGUCUUCCAAUAACAACUUUUUAAAAAAAUAAAUACCGUGUUACUUUUAUCUUCCAUCAGCCUGAAAACAAGAAGAAACUGCAGGCCAGGAGUUAGGGGUGCUAGGGGGAAGAAGCUUUCUUGCCUUUUAUUGUCAAAUUACUCGUUGGAUUGCGGCAUUGCACAAGAAGGAACUUGGUAUCCUAAAGCAGUUUUUUGACAAAAGAUAGAGAAGAAGAAAGGGGGGGCGGGAAUCUCUUCUUUGAGCCAUCCGAUUUGUACUGCACAUUGUUUGGGCUGAAGAGAGCUUAAAAAAGAAAAAGAAUGGACUUCCAUUCUUCCACAGUUGCAAUGCUUUGGUGUGUAAGAGAUCUAUGGAGAGAGCUGUUUUUUUGCUCUUUUUUU